GUCACGUGAAAAUUCACCUGCAUAUUUCUCUAUCUCCUUCCUUUAAAAACCCCUCAUUGCCUCCUUCUUUCCUCACUAAAUCUUACUUUAAAACCCUUUGCGUAGCUCUAAAAUCAUAAAUUGCCAAUGGCUUCAGACAAGAAGAUUAAGAUCGGGAUUAAUGGAUUUGGAAGAAUCGGACGUUUGGUUGCCAGAGUUGCUCUUCAGAGGAACGAUGUUGAACUCGUUGCUGUUAACGACCCCUUCAUUUCCACUGAUUACAUGACAUACAUGUUCAAAUACGACAGCGUUCACGGACAAUGGAAACACCAUGAUGUUAAGGUCAAAGACUCUAAAACCCUUCUCAUCGGCAAAAAACCUGUCACGGUUUUCGGAAUCAGGAAUCCUGAGGAGAUUCCAUGGGCGGUGACCGGAGCUGAGUUCGUUGUUGAGUCAACUGGAGUGUUCACUGACAAGGACAAGGCUGCUGCUCACUUGAAGGGUGGUGCUAAGAAGGUUGUUAUCUCUGCUCCAAGCAAAGAUGCCCCCAUGUUUGUAGUGGGUGUGAACGAGAAAGAAUAUAAGCCUGAGCUUGACAUUGUUUCUAAUGCUAGCUGCACUACCAACUGUCUUGCUCCCCUUGCCAAGGUUAUCCAUGACAGAUUUGGAAUUGUUGAGGGUCUCAUGACUACAGUUCACUCCAUCACUGCCACACAAAAGACUGUUGAUGGACCAUCAAUGAAGGAUUGGAGAGGUGGAAGAGCUGCUUCCUUCAACAUCAUUCCUAGCAGCACUGGAGCUGCCAAGGCUGUUGGAAAAGUUCUGCCUGCCCUUAAUGGUAAAUUGACUGGAAUGUCCUUCCGAGUUCCUACAGUCGAUGUAUCAGUUGUGGACCUCACUGUUAGGCUCUUGAAGUCUGCAUCUUAUGACGAGAUCAAAGCUGCUAUCAAGGAGGAGUCUGAGGGCAAGCUUAAGGGCAUUUUGGGUUACAUUGAAGAAGAUGUUGUCUCCACAGACUUUGUUGGUGACAGCAGGUCAAGUAUAUUUGAUGCAAAGGCUGGUAUUGCUCUAAAUAAGAACUUCGUGAAACUUGUCGCCUGGUAUGACAACGAAUGGGGUUAUAGUUCUCGUGUGAUUGACUUGAUUGUUCACAUGGCAUCCACCCAAGCUUGUUGAAGUUAAGCCAAUUCGAUUGUGUGAUCUGUGUUGCAGAUGGUUGGUUUUUGAAAGUUGCUUGUACUUUGUAAUAAACCUGAGAUUUACCUUCUUGGCUGUUUCUAUUUCUGCAUUUUCGCAUUAAUAAAGCAAUAAGUAUUAUGUCAAGGUGUAGGGAACAAUUUUACCAGAAUAAUACUAUAUUUUCUCUUA